AUUUCAUGAUUUCCUGUCCGUCUCUCUCUCUCUCUCCUCUCUCUCUCUCUCUCAAUCGAACUGGUUCGUUCCUUACCUUUCCGGUGGUUCUUCGAACAAAAUUCCCCCCCCCCCCCCCCCCCCCCCUCUCUCUCUACAGAUCCCUCUGGAAUAUCCAUUGUCCAAAGCUUGCCCGCGAAUUUCGAUCUUUUGGUUUCGUUUGUUCACAGUCCAAAUCCCCGGCAUUUUGUUUCCUUAGAAUCCCCAUCUCUCUCUCUCUCUCUCUCUCUCUCUCUACAUUUGUUUGCAAAUAUAUAUUUAAAUAUUUUCCUCACCUACUUUUCUGACUAAUGUAUAGCUGACUAGGGCUUCUAUUUUCUGCAUUACAGUUGCAGAUUUCGGGUCCGAUAAUGUAUAUUCUAGGGUUUCUUUUGAUUCAUUGAUUUGUUGGGGUUUCUUUUGGUCAAGACUGUAGAGGCGGACAAUAUUUUGUUUAUGCCGUAGGGUUAGGGAUUUCCUUUCUUUUUUUUUUCUUUUUUCGAAGGUUGGUUUUGGUGGAUCUGGGUGUUGUCUGGAGGUUUUAGUGUUGGGCAACUAAUUGAGCAAUUAUUUGUUUCGUUUUUGGUCUGGGAUAGUGAACUGGAUUGCAGUUCGACGAGAAGAAGAGAUUGAUCGAUUGAGUUCCGAAGAAGGUGUUCUUGAUUUGGGUGCAGAAAAGGAUUGGGAAUCAAAUCAUGCGUCAUAAGGAAGGCCGAGUAAAUUGGGAUCUGUAAAGUUAGUAAUUUUAGCCGGGGUUCAAAAAGGAAGAUAAGGAUAAAACUUGAAAGAAAGUGCUGAUCAAAAUGGAUCAUGUGAUUGGUGGGAAGUUCAAGCUUGGGCGGAAGAUUGGGGGCGGAUCCUUUGGCGAGCUGUUUUUGGGAGUAAAUGUACAAACUGGAGAGGAAGUGGCUGUGAAACUGGAAUCAGUAAAGACUAAACACCCUCAGCUUCAUUAUGAAUCAAAACUGUACAUGCUUCUUCAGGGUGGAACUGGUAUUCCCCACCUCAAAUGGUUUGGAGUUGAAGGAGAAUACAACGCAAUGGUUAUUGACCUUCUUGGGCCAAGCCUGGAAGACUUGUUCAACUAUUGUAAUCGGAAGUUUACUUUGAAAACCGUUUUAAUGCUUGCAGAUCAGUUAAUCAAUAGAGUUGAAUAUAUGCAUUCAAGAGGUUUUCUUCACCGUGAUAUAAAGCCUGACAAUUUUCUCAUGGGUUUAGGGCGCAAAGCAAAUCAGGUGUACAUCAUUGAUUAUGGACUUGGAAAAAAGUUUAGAGAUCUUCAAACGCACAAGCACAUACCUUACAGAGAAAACAAAAAUCUUACUGGCACAGCUCGUUAUGCAAGCAUUAACACUCACCUUGGAGUUGAGCAAAGCAGAAGGGAUGAUCUGGAGUCUCUUGGUUAUGUUCUUAUGUACUUUUUGCGGGGAAGCCUUCCUUGGCAGGGUUUGAAAGCUGGCACUAAAAGGCAGAAAUAUGACAAAAUUAGUGAGAAAAAGAUGCUUACUCCAAUAGAGGUGCUUUGCAAAUCUUAUCCAUCAGAAUUCAUAUCAUACCUCCACUAUUGUCGGUCAUUGCGUUUUGAGGACAAACCAGAUUAUUCCUACCUGAAGAGGCUUUUCCGUGAUCUGUUUAUUCGAGAAGGUUAUCAGUUUGACUAUGUAUUUGACUGGACUGUUUUGAAGUAUCCUCAAAUUGGUUCCAGUUCCAGACCAAGACAACCUGUUGGAAAACCUGCCUUGAACCCUGGACCAUCUGCUGAAAGAGCUGAAAAGACUCCAGUGAGGCAAGGGACUCGAGAUAGACUAUCAGGUGCAGUUGAGGUAUUUGCUAGAAGGAAUGGUACUGCAGCUACUGCUGGAAAUUUACGGGCUGAACAUUCUAGGCACAGUGAUCAGUCCAGACAUAGAUCUUCAGAGAAUGUACCAUCAUCAAAGGAUGUGCAAGCUGACACUGAAAGAGGUCGCAUUUCUAGAAGUGGCAGUGCUUCAAAAAGGGUUGUCAUGUCAAGCAGCCGACCAAGCUCUUCUGCUGGAGCCAGUGAGAAUCGGCCAAGCCGGUUGGGUACUGGCAGUGGUCGUCUGUCGACUACCCAAAGGGUCCAACCUGGUUUUGAGUCCAAAUCAUCAACCUUCACCCGUGCUGCAGCCACAAGAGGCAGCAGGGAUGAUGCUCUCCGAAGCUUUGAGCUGCUGACGAUUGGCACCGGGAAGAGGAAAUGAAGACGGGCUCAGCGACUCAGAAUAAAUCUUUUUUUUUUUUAAGGGCUCAAUUAGAUGCUAUAGGGUUGCUAUCUGAAUACAGCUCUGGUGCCAAGUUACAGUUUCUCCUGCAAAGAAUAUCCCAUUUACAGCUUAAGCUUGAAGUUGACAUUUUCUUCUGAGGACACAUCCGAAAGUUAUUUCUCAUCACUGGUUCUGGCUGUUAUUGUUAUCUCGUCUAAAGCUCGACAAAAUGGUAAAGAGAGCGUUUGUCUCUAGUUUAGCAGAUGUUUUUAUUUUUUCAAGGCAUUUGUAGUCAUAAUAAUAAUUACUGUCUUGUAUCAUGACAGACGAACAAUGCUUCAAAAACUUAUAUAACUGUUUCCCCUUCGGUGUCGUA